AUUUCCCACAGUUUAAUUUAUUCCAUUGGCAGUAUAGCUCAGUGAAGCCUAAUGUUUAGAAUAUGUUUUUCACAAAUAGAGGACAUUUUUCACUUGUCAAAACAUUUUUGUUCAUCCUGAUAGGCUACAAUGUGCCAGUGCAUAUUAUAGUAUGCUAAAUGCGUUAUGCAAUUUAUGUUCAGGCAACUGUCAAUCUGCUGUCAAAUCAGUGAAACAUAAGUUUUUGUCUCAUUUUUUGUGAUAUGAAAAUGAAAGUUAGCUUGUGGUAGUUUAUAACUUGACAGCUUUGUUGCAAAGGUUUGUGCUCAACAAAAGGUGAUGCUCUUGCCUUCCCUUGUUCAAAAGAAAGUCACAGCUGGCAUAAUCUAAUUUGGACACGUGAGAUUUCACUAAAUGUAGCUGAGUUGGAGCCCUUUUUUCUUUGUUAUGAGAUGGAGAAGUAGUAUGUAACAUUAUAUUCUGCUUUGCCUAGAUUGAAACUAGAGCAUGUAAUUAAACAUAGUGUAUGGCAUAUGCUUUUUGGUUUGUUAAACCUAAGUGGCUAUUAUAUUUAUCUAGCCAGGCAUUUAUACUGGAAGGCAUGUGGCUUCCUAUUCUUUCUGACAAGUUCUUUUAAGUUUGGUACAGCUAGCUUUUGCCAUCAGUUCAGUCUCCUGCAAAUUGGGAAAUAAUUGCAUCUAACCCUGAGAUGGGCAACAGUCUCCUGGUACAUAAGUGGACAGUGACCUGUUUGUUCCGGUUGAUGUAGAAGACAGGUGUCAAAUCAGCAGGCGUAAAUCUGAGCAGCCAUGGCUGCUCAAUCCUUGGACCCUCCUCCAAACCCAAGCUGUAAAAUCAUGACUUUUCGGCCUACAAUGGAUGAGUUCCGGGACUUUAAUAAGUACUUGGCUUACAUGGAAUCAAAAGGUGCUCAUCGUGCUGGACUGGCAAAGGUGAUUCCCCCCAAGGAGUGGAAGCCAAGAAAAUGCUAUGAUGACAUUGAUUCUCUGAUUAUACCAGCUCCAAUUCAACAGAUGGUUACUGGGCAAUCAGGACUCUUCACUCAAUACAACAUUCAGAAAAAGCCAAUGACUGUGAAGGAGUUUCGGCAACUUGCCAACAGUGACAAAUAUUGUACCCCAAGACAUUUAGACUAUGAAGACUUGGAGCGUAAAUACUGGAAAAAUCUAACUUUUGUGGCACCGAUCUAUGGAGCUGAUAUUAAUGGAAGCAUAUAUAAAGAAAAUGUUAACGAGUGGAAUAUUGCUCAUCUUAAUACUAUACUGGAUGUCGUAGAAGAAGACUGCGGAAUCUCAAUUGAGGGAGUCAACACCCCGUAUCUGUAUUUUGGCAUGUGGAAGACAACGUUUGCAUGGCAUACUGAAGAUAUGGAUCUCUACAGCAUUAAUUACCUCCACUUUGGGGAACCGAAAUCCUGGUAUGCUAUCCCUCCAGAACAUGGAAAACGACUUGAACGACUAGCUCAAGGAUUCUUCCCAAGCAGCUCUCAAGGAUGUGAUGCUUUCCUGCGCCAUAAGAUGACGUUAAUUUCUCCAUCGAUACUGAAAAAAUACGGAAUUCCUUUUGACAAAAUAACACAGGAGGCAGGAGAGUUUAUGAUCACUUUCCCAUAUGGAUACCAUGCGGGAUUUAAUCAUGGUUUCAACUGUGCCGAGUCAACGAACUUUGCAACAAUCAGGUGGAUUGACUAUGGAAAAGUAGCUAAGUUGUGUUCCUGCAGGAAAGACAUGGUGACAAUAUCAAUGGAUAUCUUUGUGAGGAAAUUUCAGCCAGACAGAUACCAGCUGUGGAAACAAGGGAAAGAUUUGUACACCAUUGAUCAUACAAAGCCCACCCCUGAAAUGACACCUGAGGUAAAGGCCUGGUUGCAGAGACGAAGGAAAACAAAGAGAUCUUCCAGGUGCUCCCAGCACAACCGAUCGCGAUCAAAAAAGCUGAAAACUCCAGAGGACAAGAAGGUAUCAACCAUAGUGGUUGGUACAGAAAUCACCGUCGUUGGAGCAGUUCCAGAUGGCUUCAAGGUCAAAGAAGAGCCAUCAGAAAAAGUAAAGGCAGUAAACACAGGAGUGCCUUCUGGGGAGGAACAAGAUGCAAGCAGGAUGCAGAUGGAUCACAAUUUAUUGGAUAACAAAAAGGUCUCAGGUCAUAACUCUCCUUAUAGCCAUGGUCCUCUAAUAAAAAACACACACUCUGAAGCGGAAGAGAAAGGAGACUCUAGCUCUGUGUAUUUUUGUUCUGAGGAAUCUGCACUGGGCUUACUUUCAUCUGCUAGCUGUAACCGGGAAGACAAUUUGAAAAUUUCAACUACUUCAAGGCAGGCUCUUGAGUAUGCUUCUUCCGAAGCUGAGAGCCUGGAGAAAGAAGAAACUAGCAGCUUGUCUACAGAAGAGGAUGAUAUCAGCGAUAUUGAAAGCAGUGAAAAUGGUUUGGAGCCUGGAGAAAUAUCACCACUGAUAACUGAAGGAGAGAGAACAAAAACAUCUAAAAGUUGGCGUCAUCCGCUAAGUAAACCCCCUGCCAGAUCUCCUAUGACGCUGGUUAAACAGCAGGCAGUAAGCGAUGAAGAACUGCCCGAGUCUCUCUUAACUGAAGAAGACAUACAAGAAACGGAGUCCUGGGCCAAGCCUCUUGUCUACCUUUGGCAGAACAGAGCACCAAAUUUCACUGCUGAAAAGGAAUACAAUGCAGCUGUUGCCAAAUUGGAACCCUGCUGCGCCAUAUGCACACUCCUCAAGCCUUACUACAAGGCUGACAACCCCAAUGAAGAACACUAUAGUUGCUCAGCAACAAAACAAAGAGAAGCUUUUGUGGCCAGAGAAAAGACAAAACCACUUAUUCCAGAGAUAUGUUUUAUUUAUAGUGAGGAGAACACUGAAAACUAUCCGUCCAAUGGCUUUAUUGAAGAAGAUGGAACAAGUCUGCUGAUUUCGUGUGCGAAGUGUUGUGUACAGGUCCAUGCAAGUUGCUAUGGUGUUCCUUCCCAUGAAAUCAAUGAUAGAUGGCUGUGUUCUCGAUGUAAAAGAGGAGCCUGGACAGCAGAAUGCUGCCUGUGUAAUUUGAGAGGUGGAGCUCUCAAGCAGACUACCAACAGAAAGUGGGCUCACGUCAUGUGUGCAAUUGCUAUUCCUGAAGUGAGAUUUGUGAACGUCAUAGAGAGGACACCAAUAGACAUAAGCAGGAUACCUUUGCAGAGGUUAAAACUGAAAUGUAUCUUCUGCCGACAAAGAAUUAAGAAAAUAUCUGGCGCCUGCAUCCAGUGUUCCUAUGGACGUUGCCCAGCUUCUUUCCAUGUUACAUGUGCUCAUGCUGCAGGGGUGCUGAUGGAACCAGAUGACUGGCCUUAUGUUGUCUAUAUCACAUGUUUCAGGCACAAAAUCAGUCAAAAUGUGAAAACCAAAGCCUUCGAGAAAAUGGUCUCAGCCGGGCAAACUGUCAUAGCGAAACACAGGAACACACGGUACUAUAGCUGCAGAGUAAAAGAAGUUACAUCUCAAGUUUUCUACGAAGUCAUGUUUGAUGACGGUUCCUUCAGCCGGGACACCUUCCCUGAAGACAUUGUGAGCAGAGAUUGCCUGAAGCUGGGCCCACCUGCAGAGGGAGAAGUCGUUCAAGUGAAAUGGCCAGAUGGAAAACUUUAUGGUGCAAAAUAUCUAGGAACCAAUGUAGCUUACAUGCAUAAUGUGGAGUUUGAAGAUGGUUCUCAGAUAGCAACGAAAAGGGAAGAAAUCUACACUCUUGAUGAAGAACUGCCCAAAAGAGUGCGAGCUCGAUUUUCUACAGCUUCUGAUAUGAGGUUUGAAGACACAUUCUACGGAGCCGAUAUUAUACAAGGAGAAAAGAAGAGGCAGAGGGUAUUGAGCUCCAGAUUUAAGAACGAGUAUGUGGAUGACCCUGGAUACCGCAGUUUCUUGAAAACCUCGUUCCAGAAGAAGUGCCAGAAGGGAUUAUAAAAGAGGAAGAAGUGAACUUCUGCUCACCUGAUCUCUUUUCCUUUGUGUGCGGAGAGGGUGCAAUUACUAAAUGUGGGGUUUUUAAAAAAGGACAAGUUAUCAUCUUUUUGUCUGACAUGUAGCUUGUGGUACAAACACAUACUGGGAGUUUGAUCUAAAAAUAUCUCGGGCACAGAGAGUGUUUCUUAACUAAAGGGCCGCGAUUUGUGGGCUAAUAUGCUAAGCAAGGAUUGUCUGAUUCACAUCAAGGAUCGAUCUAUGUCACAUUGGCCCUGUCCAAUAACAUGCCUAAGAACCCACAGUACCACAGAUUGGAGAACUUUUAGUCUUGCCUUGCACUGACAGUUACAAGAGAAGUUGUACCAAUCUAGGUGAGGAACUUUCUUCGGCCUCCAAAGUCCAAGAUUUGCAAUCUGUACAUUGUCCACAAAAGGGAGUUCAACCAUUUAUAUAUAGUGAAAGCUUUUCUAAAAAAAAAGAAGUAUAAACAGCACUGAGAUCUACAAAUACUGCUGUACUGUCAUAGUUUUGUACAGUGCUUCCCACACUGUUUAUGCCUCCUGUGCUUUCAGUGCUUUCUGGCCAGGACUCAGUUGUUUAAAUGUGAUGGUGGGGAGGUAUUAAUGGAGAAGAGAAAGGUGCUUCUAAAGAGGGAGACCUUCAGGAAAUGAAUUGUGGGUGUAUAUUUAAAGAGAGAGUUUUUUGGCAUCUAUUUUUAAAGAGUUUUUUUCACAAUACUCUCUGGGGACGACAGCAAUUUGUACAAUGAAAUGUCUUUUAUUGUGUUUGUAAAAUUAGAGUUUACAUAUCUUCGCUUGGCAGGCUAGAUUUGAACUAAUGUAAUAUAGUAAUAUAAUAUGGUCUUCCCUUUUUAAAUAAUAGUCUGCAAAUGUAAUAGUGUUGGAAAUAAAAAAAAAUUAUGUCCCUUUGUCUACUAA